GUAAGGGUAGAGUAUAAGAUCUUGCCAUUUUGACAGCGUUGGAUGCUGGUCGCUGGCCAUAAGUUAUUAGUGCGGCAUAUUCUUACCAUUGCUUCCUUCGAAACACUGCGACAUAUAAUUUCGUUGCUGUGAUAAUUGAGUAUUCCAACUACUAACAAAAAGAAAUCAGCUUGCUGGCAGAGGUGCAGCACUUACAGCAUCAUGAAGCUCCUCGCGGUGGUGUUGGUGGCUGCAGCGUGGGCAGGGUUUGGGAGUGCUUUGGAUAACGGUCUGGCCCUCACCCCUCCCAUGGGUUGGCUCGCCUGGGAGAGGUUCAGGUGUAACAUUGACUGUGUAAACGACUCAUACAACUGUAUCAGCCAGAACCUCUUCAUGCAAAUGGCGGAGCUGAUGGCGGACGAAGGCUACCUGAAUGCUGGCUACGAUAUGAUCUCCCUCGAUGACUGCUGGCUGGCACAUGAACGAGACCAGCAGGGGCGUCUGCAGCCAGACCCAAACCGUUUUCCCUCCGGCAUUCCAGCCCUAGCUAAUUUCGUCCACAGCAAAGGCUUGAAGUUUGGCAUUUACGAGGAUCUUGGCACCAAGACUUGCGCUGGUUACCCAGGCGUCCUCAAUCAUCUUGAGACGGACGCCAACACCUUCGCGGAGUGGGGCGUCGACUAUAUCAAGUUGGACGGUUGCUAUUCUUCUCAUGAACAAAUGGACGAAGGUUACCCGGAGUUCGGGAUGCACCUCAACAACACGAAGCGACCCAUCGUGUACUCCUGCUCCUGGCCAGCCUACCAGAACGACCCCAACUACACGGCGAUCAUCAAAACUUGCAACCUGUGGAGGAACUUCAAUGACAUCGCCGACUCGUGGACAUCCGUGACGACCAUCAUUGACCACUACGGGGACAACCAGGACGCCCUCGCCCCCCUCGCCGGCCCGGGACACUGGAACGAUCCCGACAUGCUUAUCAUCGGAAACUUCGGACUGAGCUAUGACCAGGCCAAGACUCAGAUGGCCAUAUGGUCCAUCCUGGCAGCCCCGCUCAUCAUGUCCGUGGACCUGAGAGACAUACGGCCAGAGUUCAAGUUCAUCCUCCAGAACCACCGUGUUAUUGCCAUAGAUCAGGACCCGCUCGGCAUCCAGGGGAGGAGGUUGAAGAAGAGUGGCAGUAUUGAAUUUUGGCUUCGUCCCGUCACGCCUGUGGACAACGACAACCACUCCUACGCCGUGGCCAUCCUCAACCGUGGCGACAGCACGCCGACCAGGGUGUCAUUCACCCUGAAGGAGCUGGGAAUGACGUCUGCGAAAGGAUACUGGGUGGAGGAUCUAUUCGAGGAAGUGGUGGGGAUCUCACUGAUGCCAAGCGAUCCCCUCACCGUCAGCGUUAACCCCUCCGGCGUGGUCAUGCUCAAAUGCUCCCUGCUGAAAUGAUCUCACUCUCCCAAGCAGGGUGCUCAGUAAAGGCGCUGUACCGUGUUCCAGCAGGCGUGUUGGAAAGGUCUUCUGUUGCGCUGCUAUUCUACAACUGAUUAAGGAAUGAAUAAGUGAAUGAAUAAACGUGAAAAGACUAAGUA